CAGCCAGGACUUCCUGUUUUUGUAUAAAAUUUAAAAUUUUGGCUUUUUAUAAUUAUUUUUGGAAUAAUAUUAAAUUCAAGAUGUGCGCAUUUCUAGAGGGAUCAAGUUCGUGAAUGAAUUUGAUCUAGAAACAUUUUGUCUUAUAUUCUGACAACUUAGCCAUGGAGGUGUCUUUUCAAGUACAGAGACCAUUGAGUGACGAAGCUGUGUUUAACCACGCGACUAACUGCUUCAAGAUCAAACCUUGUCUGGGCUCAUUCCCUUUUACGAGAGCUACACUGUUUACUCCAUGGCGCAGCGAGUGCCCUGCAGGCAGGCUUCCACAUAGAGUUAAUGCCAGUACAGCUGAUUUUUCAAAGAGGAGACAAAGAGGAUUGUCUAACCCCACCUCCAAAGGUCCAGCUCCAAAGGGUUUCUCCCCAAAAACACAAGUAGGAACGAGCACCCAGAAGAGGGAUCAAAAGAAUAAUUAUGAGAAACAGGAUUCAAGCAUUCCCAUGUCAAGUGAGUCUGCCGAGCCUAACGAGACUGAAAUGGAAUCAAACAUUGCACUUGAGGAUGUAUCGACUGUUGAGCUCUAUCAGAAGAAUAAGGUAGAUGAGGGUGAAAAGGAACAGCCAAAAGAGGAUAUACCAUCAAUGGGCAAAGAGUUAGCUGUUGGCAAAAGCAACCAGAAUGUGGAAGAUGGAAGUAUAAGGAAGAUUCUCGAAGAUGUUGCGGGGUUACAGAAGAAAGACACAAUUUUGAAAAAUGAUAUUGUGAGUACAUCAAGAGAUGUAGCCUCUGAAGGAAAGUAUUUAGAUGGUACAGAAACUGACGACACUGUUACUGUCAAGGAUGAAAGCGUCGAGUCUGAUGAAAAAACAAUUGACGAUGCUUCUCUAAAAUUGAAUUUGAAGAUGGAAGUAAAAUUGUGUAAACAGGAAAUUGAGGGCCUUGCUGAGGAAAACUUCUUGAGGGGGAACAAAGUUUUUGUUUAUCCUCAGAUUGUAAAACCUGAUGAAGACAUAGAAGUGUUCUUUAAUAAGGGUUUCUCCAUUUUGAAUGAUGAGCCUGAUGUUCUGAUCAUGGGAGCCUUCAAUGACUGGCGAUGGAGAUUGUUCACUGUAAAAUUGAAUAAGACCCAUCUCAAAGGGGAUUGGUGGUCUUGCCAGAUUCAUGUUCCAAAGGAAGCUUACAAGAUGGAUUUUGUGUUCUUUAAUGGGCAGAAUGUAUAUGACAAUAAUGAUAAAAAGGAUUUUUGCAUACCUGUGGAGGGUGGAAUAGAUGUGUUUGCAUUUGAAGAUUUCUUGCUUGAGGAGAAACAAAGGGAACUGGAGAAACUUGCAAAAGAGCGGGCUGAAAAGGAAAGGCGAGAAGAAGAGCAAAGAAGAAUGGAAGCAGAGAAGGCUGCAAGCGAAGCAGAAAGGGCACAAGCAAGGGUGGAGACUGAAAGGAGGCAGGAAAUGUUGCAACAAUUGAUGAAAAAGGCUGCCAGAUCUAUUGAUAACAUUUGGUUCAUAGAGCCUAAUGAAUUCACUGGGGCAGAGAAGGUUAAGUUACAUUAUAACAAAAGUUCAGGCUCUCUUACUCAUGCCAAUGAGCUUUGCAUUCAUGGGGGACAUAAUAAUUGGAAUGAUGGGUUAACUAUUGUUGAAAAGCUUGUCAGAUCAGAGAGAGAGGGUGGUGACUGGUGGUAUGCAGAAGUUGUUAUACCUGAUCGAGCCCUUGUGUUGGAUUGGGUCUUUGCUGAUGGACCACCUAAGGUUGCCACUAUGUAUGAUAACAAUAAUUAUCAAGAUUUCCAUGCUAUUGUCCCAAAAGGCAUUCCUGAAGACUUUUACUGGGUUGAGGAAGAACACCAGAUAUUUAGGAAGCUUCAAGAGGAGAGAAAACUAAGAGAGGAGGCCAUACGUGCAGAACAUAUUGAAGAUUCAAAUUUCAUCCUGCCUUCUCCUUUUGAAUCUAUUAAAGAUAUUAGGUUGUUGUUCACUGACUAUGAUGGCAAAGACAGAGAUGUGGUUGCUUGGGUUGUUUACGGCUGGCUUCUUAUCAUGCCUUUUCUUCCUGUGGCUGAAAAAACGGCAUGUAUGAAAGCUGAAAUGAAGAAAAGAACUUUGAAGAGAUUUCUUUUUUCUCAAAGGCAUAUAGUUUUUACUGAGCCUCUUGAUCUUCACGCAGGAAGCACAGUGACAGUUUUUUACAAUCCUGCUAACACAGCUCUGAAUGGAAAACCUGAAGUAUGGUUCAGAUGUUCAUUUAAUCGUUGGACUCACCUUCUGGGUUCAUUACCACCUCAGAGAAUGUUACCUGCAGAUAAUGGUUCUCAUGUAAAAGCCACUGUCAAGGUUCCAUUGGAUGCAUAUAUGAUGGACUUUGUAUUCUCUGAGAAGGAAGAUGGUGGAAUUUUUUACAACAAAGGUGGCAUGGAUUACCAUAUACCUAUUUUUGGUGGAAUUGUGAAAGAGCCACCAAUAAACAUUGUGCAUAUUGCUGUUGAGAUGGCCCCCAUUGCAAAGGUUGGAGGCCUUGGUGAUGUCGUUACUAGUCUCUCUCGUGCUGUUCAAGACUUAAACCACAAUGUAGACAUCAUUCUUCCAAAGUAUGACUGCUUGAACCUUAGCCAUGUGAAGGACUUACAUUACCAAAGAAGCUAUUCUUGGGGUGACACUGAAAUUAAAGUUUGGUUUGCGAAAGUGGAAGACCUUUCAGUUUAUUUUCUGGAGCCACAAAACGGAUUCUUUUGGAUGGGUCAUGUUUAUGGUUGCAGAAAUGAUGCAGAGAGGUUUGGUUUCUUUUGUCAUGCUGCUCUCGAAUUUCUACACCAAGGUGGAUUUCACCCUGAUAUCAUCCAUUGCCAUGAUUGAUCUAGUGCCCCAGUUGCAUGGCUGGUUAAGGACCAUUACAUGCAUUAUGGUCUUGGCAAAGCUCGGGUUGUCUUCACCAUACAUAACCUUGAAUUUCAAGCACACUUCAUUGUGAAAGCUAUGGCAAACACUGACAAGGCUACAACUGUAUCGCACACCUACUCAAAGGAGGUUGCUGGAAAUCCUGCAGUCGCACCUCAUCUUCACAAGUUCCAUGGUAUAAAUGGAAUUGACUUAGAUAUUUGGGAUCCCUAUAAUGAUAAGUUCAUUCCUAUAUCUUACACCUCAGAAAAUGUUGUUGAAGGCAAGCGAGCUGCCAAGGAAGCCUUGAAGCAAAGGCUUGGUUUGACAAAAUCUGACCUUCCUUUGGUUGGAAUUAUUACUUGCUUAACUCAUCAGAAAGGAACUCAUCUCAUCAAGCAUGCAAUUUGGCGCACCUUAGAACGCAAUGGACAGGUUGUAUUGCUUGGCUCAGCUCCCGAUCCUUGCAUCCAAAAUGAUUUCAGGAAUUUGGCCAACGAGCUUCAUUCAUCUCAUGGGGAUCAUGCUCGCCUUUGUUUGACUUAUGAUGAGCCUCUUUCUCACCAAAUAUAUGCUGGUGCUGAUUUCAUUCUUGUCCCCUCAAUUUUUGAGCCUUGUGGACUGACACAACUGACAGCAAUGAGAUAUGGUUCCAUACCAGUUGUCCGUAAAACAGGGGGACUUUACGACACUGUCUUUGACGUUGACAAUGAUAAAGCUAGAGCAGAAGCACAAGGUCUUGAACCGAACGGAUUUAAUUUCGAUAGAGCUGAUAAUGCUGGAGUUGAUUAUGCCCUCAAUAGGGCAAUCUCUGCUUGAUAUCACGGCCGAGAUUGGUUUUACUCAUUGUGCAAGAGGGUGAUGGAGCAAGACUGGUCUUGGAACCGUCCUGCGCUUGAUUAUUUGGAGCUUUACCAUGCGGCAAGGAAAUACUAAAAGAAAAAAAGCUGAUAAAGCAAUGAUGCAAAUCAUUACCAUCUCAUAGCUUGUACAAAGUUUAGUGAUACCUAUCUUUUACUGGUUCUUCCCUUUCAAAAGCUCAAAUUGCCCGCCAUAGUUUUAGAUCUUAAAACCCAUCAUCCAUUUUUGUGUAGCAUAAAAGCAAUAGGCUAUCUUCAAAAUAAGAAAAUGUGUAUCCUUCUCGAGAGCAACAAUUUCUUUUACUGUUGUUGAUUCAUGUAUUUGAAAUGAUAAAAUAAUGUGAAAAGAAUAAACCAUAAAAAUGGUUGUAUUUAGUCUUUAGAAGUUGGUAAGACAAUA